CAUAAAACUUUUUUUUUUUUUUUUUUUGUAUUGUGUGUUGGUAUAUGUAUCCUUCCUUCUUUUGAGCUGUUCUUUUGAUAGUUAAAUGCUAUUCAGAUAAAAGAAAAGCACAUGCUUGCCACAAACACAAGCCCUGUGUCAAAAGGAGCCUAGAGGCAUACAGGCAAAAAUGCUUGCAGGAACAGCAGUUCUUGCAAUAGGAUUAUGGCUUCGGUUUGAUGUGCAGACCAAAAGCAUCUUUGAACUGGAAUCCAACAACACGACAUUCUAUACAGGAGUUUACAUACUAAUUGGAGCUGGUGCACUCAUGAUGCUGGUUGGCUUCUUGGGAUGCUGUGGUGCAUUGCAGGAAUCACAGUGUAUGCUUGGACUGUUCUUCAUCUUCCUUUUUGUGAUUUUUGCCCUUGAAAUUGCUACUGCCAUCUGGGGAUUUGCAAAUAAAGAAAAGGUUGUUAAAGAGUUACAGGAUUUCUACAGAGAAACCUAUGAAAAGAGAUCUCAACCAGCUGCCAGAGAAACCUUGAAAGCAUUCCAUUUUGCUCUGAACUGCUGUGGUAUUACUGGAGGUCUUGAGCAGCAGUUGAUGGACACCUGUCCAAAGAAGACCUUGCUUGAGUCAUUCACUACAAUGCCAUGCCCUAAAGCCAUUGAUGAUGUCUUUAAUUCAAAACUGAACGUCAUUGGAGCAGUUGGCCUUGGUAUUGCUGUGAUAAUGAUUUUUGGCAUGAUAUUCAGUAUGGUUCUUUGCUGUGCUAUCCGCAGAAACAGAGAAAUGGUCUAAGGGCUGUAAAUCCAAGGUGUCUGCACUAUAAAAUCUGUCAUUAACUCUAGUGUUCUCAAAGCAUUUCUAAAAGAAAAUUGUAUGUAACCUUUUUAAUGCUUUAUUUGGUACUGAUAUAGGUUUGCUUUUUAUGCUAUAGGUUAAAAUGAUAAAGUUAUAUUUGACUCAAGAUGAAUACUGUACACAAACCAUCUGUUUUUCUUGAAAUUUAAAUAAUUUGGAUAUAUUUAUGUUUAAGGCAAUUUGAUACUUAAUAAAGAGUAAGAUGUA